UCGAUUAGGACGUGUGGUUCGCUUAAGCGCACGGUAAGCAGAGACGCCGAGGGUCACCCGAACUCCCGAACUUGUCAGACUGAUUGCAUUAAGCCACCGCCAAUUUUGGGGCACUUAAUUGCCAAUUGAUUUGGUAAACGCGUUGAAAUAAAAGCUAAGACCUCGUUUAACUGAACAUUGCAAUCGGCCGAAAAUAUAACAUUUGUAGAAAGCAGCUUCAACUGCAUUUUGCAGUUUAGCCGAAGAGCUCAAGCGUGUGUGUCGGUGUUACAGUUACGACGACGCGCCAUACCUGCAAUAUGAAGUAUUCAACAGGUCGACGAAACAUUCUGUGCCUGCUGGGAUUGUGCUUACUGCUUUUUAAAACAGGACCCACAGAGGCACAGAGUAAACGACCCUCACGCGUAACCAGCUCCCGCAGCUUCGGCACCAACGUCAAGCCCAACACCUCCAAUGGCCCUAGUUUCGACUGCCCCGAGGAGUUCGGAUACUAUCCGCACCCAUCGGACUGCACCCAAUACUACGUGUGCGUCUUUGGAGGAGCGCUGCUUGAGAGUUGCACUGGCGGCCUGAUGUACUCGCACGACCUGCAGACCUGCGACUGGCCGCGAAACGUCGGCUGUGAGUUGGUGGAUACAUCCUCCGAGCGCAGCCCUGCACAAAGCCAGGCCCAGAGCCAAAGGGAACCCCAUGCGCAGCACGUGCCAAGCCGAAUACGCUUUGGAUCCGCUUUCGGCAGUCAGGGUGGCACGCAGAAGGCGGCCACGGUGCCGCCACAGUACCAUCGUUCUCCACCACAGGUAAUCCAGGCGCAGGUCCAGAACAUACCGCCUCCUCCACCGGAGCUGCGAGUGUCACCAAACCCGGUCAUCACGUCGCGUGGCCAACCAAAACCUCUGAUCGACUCCCAGGAGGACAUUGCAAAGCUGUAUGCCGAUGCGCAGGAAUCGUUGCCGCCUGUGGAAGAAGAGGAGUCCGACCGUCAGCAGAGAGUGUAUCGAGGCCAACCCAGUACUGUUAGUCAAGUUCAACGCGAUCGCGAUGGUAUUAUUCACCAAGCUAGUAUCAAUUCUAUUCCUCAAACUGGAAAAAUCGGAUCUUACGCUUUUGGGACCGCCUAUAGAGUUGAGUCGUCUUCACCGUCAUCGCUAGGGGCUCCGCAACCCGCUAAUAUAUUUGUACAGCCCACGCCAGCAGCUCCACCGCAACAGUUAGAGCCCAAUCGUAACUACUAUAAUGCAUCCACAUUUAAUCAUGGGGGCAGCUACCAACCACAGCAGCAACACCAGCAACAACAGCUACAGCCAACACCAUUCCAACAAGCGCCACCACAAGAACAACAUCAGCAGCAGGCACAAGCCCCAACACAUCCCUAUGACUCAUCCUAUUAUUCGGUUUACGACGACGAUAUCGAUUUAUAUAGGGAUAUAGAGUACCAACAGCAGCAGCCACAGGAGCAGCAGCAAGCACCUACCCCCCAGUAUCAGUCUACAGUGCGCCAGCAGCAGCCCCACGCAACAUACCGCCCCUUAGAGCUUGCGGCCACUCCGAAGCCCCCCUCCUACGCCAACCAGCCAGCAUACGUCUCGGACUAUGACGAGGAUAUUAAUGGUCAGAUUGAGCAGGAUAAUGCGUACGAUCAGCCCACACGUGCUCCCCAAAGGGCAGAACAUGUGGUCAUACAAAAACUGGAUACCCCGGCCAGCCACUCGAGCACACUCACCCUAACGACGCCCGCAUCCCAACCGGAAGCUUUCACAUACUACGAAAGGAUAACCACACCCUAUGCUCCGAAGCGCGGGCCUGCCGACUACGCCUAUGGGUCGGCAGAAGACUACGACCAGAGCGAGCGUACACUCACUGGAGCCAAGGCAAGGCCCCAUACCGGUACGGAUGACUUUGACCUGAUUGCCAAUGUUGUGGGUCAUACCGAAAAGACCACCGCGACGCCACCAACACGAUCGCAAAACACGAAGACGACUCCGCCACAUAACAGAAGCCAUGCAAGGAUUUCCAACACGACCACACAAGCUGUUACGUUUACACAGUCCUCAACAAUAACAAGCACAUCAACAUUUCCUCCAACAACAACAUCAAAACAUGCAAGCUCGAAAGCGCAUGCAAAUAAGUCAUAUAAACAACAUAUUCCUGACAAGUCAAAAACAACUACAAAAGCUUCCAGUACCUCUCACCCGACCACGACCAGCUCCACACCUUUCCCAAAUCACCUUACUUAUAGUUCAAAUCCUUUUCUCAAAUCGAAACUACAACAUGUUGCUAAAUCAUUGGCAAGGCUAGUCUCAAGCAGUGAACCUAGGACAAAUUUCACCGGUUACCCUCAAGCUCAGAACCUUACAAACUCUCCUCGCCAGUCCUCAAGUUCGGAAUUAAUCCCCGACAAAGUUCCCGUUCCCGCUCAAAUUAUUGCCCUAAUACCCCCACCCACCACCACGCAAAGGCCCCUGGUAAAGGACAGCUACGGUAAUAACAACCUGGAGAACGUUGAGGCUGUCUUUGACGAGAGUCAUACAUUUAAUCAGACGGUCGAACUGCCCAAGAGUCGCUCCUUUGAAACCAGCACAUCGGCAAAGUUCCUAGAUUUUAUUAAUGCCGCCGCGUAUGGUACAAGCCCGAGUGGCAAUCGGCUGAAUGAAGUCCCAGAUAAACUUGUUAACAGGGAUAUUUCUUUUCGAGACAAGGACAACUCGUACGAGUCGAGCUCACGGAAACCAGAACUCCUGUCCAAACGUUUUCAGAAAUACGUCGAUUCUGAUGUGCCUCCUCAAAGUUUUAAAGUUCCCACAAACAUUGGAGUGCGAUUGCCAACGGAAGAAAUGGAAAGCGCAAGCACAACGCGACCAAGUAAGCCCAUACAAUAUAGUCUUCAAAGUGGAUCGCAAGGUUUUAGUUUGCGUGCGGAGCUAAGAGAACGUAAUGUGUCGGAACCUAUAAUUGCAAGGAUAAAUAGUUUUUCCUCCACCACAACCACAACCACAACUAGCCCAACAACACUGGCUGACUUAUUUCAGCAGUACGUGGACAUCAAACCUACAACAUACGCUCCACCUCUUCUCAUUUGGCGUAGUGGAAGGCCCGUCAUUCAACAGGCCCAUCAUAGACCUACAGUCGCAAGUUCCAGCACAUCUACUAGUGUCACUACAACUUCAUCUCCUCCUACAACUUCUAAAGAUGAAGUCGAAUCCAGCAGCACUACCAGGGUCAUUACAGCAUCAAAAUCGGUGGCUCAGCCUAGCCGAGAACCAGAUUUUCUACCAAGACCGAAUUAUUUUUCACGUUCCAGUUAUUUAAAGGACAGCCCAAAUCGAGUAACAGCCAACCCUGCGAUGAAUUUUGUAUCACCAUACAAAAGCCUAGAGAACUUGCUUCAUGAAGAUCGCCAGCACCAGCAUCACCAUCUGCGGACAACCACUAGACCCCGCUACACAAAUGCACCUGCCUUUCCGGAGUUCCUCCAGACUACGGCGAAGUCACCAAAGAAUCUCUUUAUGACGGCGUCUGUUAGAAACUCUAGUCAAGAUGUUUUGGCCACGAUGGAGACUGGAAACGCACGUAACUUCAGUGUCAGCGACGCUAUACUCAGCACAUUCAGUCCUCAGCGUCCUGCUCCAAGUAUGCUGCGAACCACUACCACCACCACGACAACAACAACAACUACUACCAUAAAACCACCUCCCCUUGAAAGAACUUCGACUGAAGUGCCAACAACCGUUUCCGCCGUGGUCGCUUCCUCGGCCAUCCACAUAUCACAGGCCCCAAAGCGUGCCCGUGGCCGCUCUCGAUACACGGCGGCCACUUCAAACAGUCUCGGGGACAGCGUGGACGAGCCCACGACUUAUGCACCCAAGCUUAGAUUGCCCGGCGGAUAUGAUCCCAUUCCGUUUCCUAAACGCAAGCCCCAACGAGUGCAAGUGAUCGGCAAUCAAAGGUCUUUAUUGGGUGGACCAACAGCAAAGCCACAUGAAAAGUAUAGGGUAUUUAAGGACGCACUGCAGGCCAAAGAUUCCGCCCUUGGCGCGCCAAAUGUUCUAAGCAACUCACUGAAACAUAAACCAUUCGAAAAUGAAGCUAGCGCCUCCGACGAGCCAAGAGCUGAGGCUUUGAUUAGCAAGCCUUUGGAGACCAGGCAUCAGAAUGGCAUACACGAAAAGGAAACUGCGAUGGACUACAGCUCCACUGAACACGUGGUGGCAAUAACAGAACGUCCAACUGUCAAGUUCCUUUACUCUAACAAAUACCGACAGCAAACUGCGGAGCACACUCUAGCAGACAGUCUUCAGAACUCCGGGUAUAUAACAUCGCCAAACGGGUCGUUACAGAAGUUCCGAUCCGCCAACGUGCUUGAGCAACUGAGGCAGUUUCUUUCCGGCAGUGAUAGCAACAGCAAUAGCGAUGAGAGCGGGAAUUCCAAAUUCGUUGAUGAGUAUUCACUCCCCGAACUAAGGUCCGCCAUCGGUGAGAUCAAGCAACUUUACUUGCCCACCGACCGGCCAGCAACGACUACUUUAAAAUCAAGCACGUCUACGCUGCAUCCUAAUACCACGCCUAUUGCGACACUAUCUCCAAUCCGAUCCAAGCCAGUAUCCGUUUUGCCCUCUCUUAACAUCUUGACCGCUAAUUCAGUUUCAACAGAAAGAACAACACCAAGCACUCCCGAUUCUAGUUCCCCUAGAACCCUAAAAGCCCCACCAGUUUCUCUGACAACCGCACCCACUAUUCCCACCGCUACAGCUACACCCUCCCCAUUUGCACCGCACACUGCGCGCGCUUCGAGGGUGAAUAAUGUCAUUAAGUCGUCGAUUGCUGCCGCUGCCCUAGGCCCUAGCACCUCAACCUAUCAGCCACCAGUGUCAGCGGGUAAAACCCAAAAGUUCCAAAUCGGCUUCGCUACCAACAAUAAAAACCACCAACUCCAAACAAGCAGCCUCAACCAUAAUGGCCCCGCAGCCUCAGCCUCGGUGAAGUGCUCCGAUAGCACACUAAACGCCAAAUGCAACGAGAUCUCUUCAAGAAACAGCAAUAGAAACCGGGGCAGUGCCAUGUACAGCAAUCAGGAUAGAGACUUGCUAUCCACGCCCAACCGCGGAACUCACCCACCACGAACGCGCCCCACGCUUAAGCCAUCGGGCACAAUUGUAUCAAAGGCUCAAGAGUUUGUGGAUAUAUACCGGUACCCACCGACCCGCCCCGACCCCAUUUACCCACAGCCUACACCCGAUAAAACGGCCGCCAAGUGCCGAAAGGACGUAUGCCUUUUGCCAGACUGUUAUUGCGGAGGAAGGGAUAUUCCUGGCGAACUACCUGUUGAAAGCAUCCCUCAGAUCGUUCUCUUGACCUUUGAUGAUUCCGUUAAUGACCUAAACAAGCAGUUGUACACGGAUCUGUUUGAGAAAGGUCGCGUCAAUCCAAACGGCUGUCCCAUCACAGCCACUUUUUACGUUUCCCACGAGUGGACUGACUACAGUCAAGUGCAGAAUCUUUACGCCGAUGGACAUGAAAUGGCCUCGCAUACAGUUUCCCACAGCUUUGGCGAGCAGUUCUCGCAGAAGAAGUGGACCCGUGAAAUUGCCGGACAGCGAGAGAUCCUUGCUGCGUACGGCGGUGUCAAGAUGUCGGAUGUUCGAGGCAUGCGUGCUCCUUUCCUGUCGGUGGGCGGAAACAAAAUGUACAAAAUGCUGUACGACUCAAACUUCACCUACGACUCUUCCAUGCCCGUCUACGAGAACCGACCACCCUCCUGGCCCUACACGCUCGACUACAAGAUAUUCCACGACUGCAUGAUUCCACCUUGCCCGACCCGUUCUUAUCCAGGUGUUUGGCAAGUACCCAUGGUCAUGUGGCAGGACCUAAACGGAGGCCGCUGUUCUAUGGGCGAUGCUUGUUCCAACCCCAGCGAUGCAGAUGGAGUGACAAAGAUGAUUAUGAAGAACUUUGAGCGCCAUUACACCACAAACAGAGCACCAUUUGGCUUAUUUUACCACGCAGCAUGGUUUACCCAGCCCCAUCACAAGGAGGGCUUUAUAAAAUUCCUCGAUGCCAUCAAUGCAAUGCAAGAUGUGUGGAUCAUAACCAACUGGCAAGCGCUACAAUGGGUGCGAGACCCUACACCGAUAUCACGCAUUAAUUCAUUCCAACCAUUUCAGUGCGAUUUUUCGGAUCGGCCAAAGCGCUGCAACAACCCGAAAGUGUGUAAUUUGUGGCACAAGUCUGGCGUCCGAUACAUGAAAACGUGUCAGCCCUGCCCCGACAUCUACCCCUGGACUGGAAAAUCUGGAAUCCGAUCUUCCCGAAUCGAUAAUGAAGUUGAAGAGCCGACGGCGUAAGACUCCAAAUCGAAGGUCUCGCGUUGACCAUUUCCGGAUGGACCAUCAGCCAAGAAGGGACACUUGACAAUCCAAGAUACUGAAAUAUAAAAGGCGUAAACAUUUAAGCUCAAAAUACGGAGUUCACUCGUUAAAAUGUUUUCUAACAAUUCCAUACUUUUAGCUAAUUCUUUAAAAGGACCCUAGAUACAUUUUUGCAGCAUGUCAAUACAAAUUAUUUAUUCCCUUUUACAUACUCCAUACCUGUCUGUAUAUUCCUAUAGAUAUUUACGAUACAUUGAUUAUUCUCCAAGUUGCACACGCAAUCUUAGCACGAGCCUUGUAAACGUAAAUCAAUUAGACAUAGAACCGUAAUCUAAUAAGUACUAAAAAAGGCGUAAUUGGUGCACCGAGUCCUUGAACAUAAAAUUCUCAGUACGAUUUGGAUGCAUUAAGUCCACACACCAAGAGCGCAUUUAGAUAUUAGGCUAAUAUAACGUUUCGUUUACAUGUGAUAAAGAGACAGCUGAAUUUAUGUAUUAUUAGAUUGGCACGAGCCUUCCUUUUUUCCAUUUAAACUGCGUAGUUUUAAUUACAAUAUUGUCAAAGCCAAAUUGGUAUUGGGUUUGGGUGCAUUAGGAUUAACAAGUUCGGAUGCAAGUUUAAGUUAUUUUAUUUUCCUAAAAUAACAAGAGCUUAAUUCGUUAAUUCGUAACAUAUUAUUUUUAAAAUUAAAGAAGCGUUGAAAAGAGUAAUAGUAAGCUCAAAUUCUUAGUCCUAACAAAUGGAUACCCAAAGGCAGUCAAUUGAAAAAAAUACAAAACGCGAAAAAGG